AUGCGUCUCUCUUACGUGCUUUCUGCCAUUGCUGCCCUAUGCAGCAGCGUGGCUCUCGCCGACUUCACCACGCCCACGUACCCGACGCCGGCUGAUCUGAGCAGCAACCACAGCCUGGUCCACGCCGGCUGGAAGAACCUCACCUCGACCUGGGACCGGCAUCUGCAGGGCAAGCUCAAUGUUUCGGCGGCCGCUGCGUUUGCGGGCGUCGAAAACGUCACCUUUUCCGUGGGCUUGUUUUCGCUCAACGACCCUUUGGCUCUGAAGCUGCAGUAUCACUACACGGCGCCCGAGGUCAAGACGGCGCUCGUCGGUACGCGGAAAGUGGACGAGGAUAGCAUCUACCGCGUCGCGUCCGUGUCCAAGCUCAUCACAACUUUUGCCGGCUUGCUGGAGCUGGAUGACAAGGACUGGCACCGGCCUCUCGCGCAGAUCAACCCUGCUUUCAAGCGGCAGAGGAAAAACGCAACGGCUGUGGACGUCAUCAAGACGAUAGAAUGGGACAAGAUUACUCCUUGGGCACUGGCUUCGCAGCUUAGUGGCUUACCGACGUUGGGCUUCCUCGGCGACAGCUACAAUAAAUCACUAGCAUCAGCAAUGGGCGGCCCGGUCGUCAAUACCAGCACGCUCGGGGCCUGCGUCGCCAAGCUGUACAAUGACCCUUCCAGCUUGGACUGCUCGACCGCCGAAAUCAUCUCCUCCCUCAGGGACCUACCGCCCAACUUUUUGCCCUGGAGCACGCCCGUCUAUUCGGACCUGAAUUUCAUGCUGCUCGGCCUCGCCAUCUCCGACCUCACCAACAAGUCCAUUGCCGACGUGUACCGCUCCUCCGUCUUCACGCCGCUCAACAUGUCGUCGUCGAGCACCAAGAGCCAGAACGCGACGCUGCCGCGCGAGGUCGUCGUCGGCGCGCCCGCGGCCUACCUCGCGCUCGACGCCUUUCCCUCCACGGUGCCGGCCGGCGGCGUCCUGUCGAGCCUGGGCGACCUGCAGCGCCUCGGCCUCGGCAUCCUCAACAACACGCUGCUGCCUGCCGAGGCCACGCGCCGCUGGAUGAAGCCCGUGUCGCACACCCCGAGCCUCAGCUACUCCAUCGGCGCCCCCUGGGAGAUUUACCGCUUCGUGCACCCCGGCACGGGCCGCGUCACCGAUAUAUACACCAAGCUGGGCGACGCCGGCAACCACGGUGCUGCGCUGGCCCUGAUUCCGCAGUACGAUGCCGGGUUCGCGUUCCUCAACGCAGCGAGCGCCGAAGCGGCCCCGCUGCGCUCCGACAUUGCCCUCGGCAUCCUCGACGCCGUCACCGCGACGGUCCUGCCGGCGCUCGAGGCGGAAGCGCUCGCCGAAGCCCGGCGCAAUUUCAUCGGCGAGUACAAGACUUUGGCGGGCGGCAAGGUUGCUGCGUCGCUGACGGUUGGCUUCAGCGCGUCGACGGACCCCACCGACGUGCACUCGGGGUUGGUCAUUACCGAGUGGACGUACAAUGGCACCGACAUCCUCAAAGUCUGGUUCGGCAGCGAUAGGCCGCGGCUUGAGCAGUCCAUUGUGCGUCGCGGCGAGGAUGGGAAACCGCGGCAGGUGGCGUUUAUCGCGUCCACCUACCACCAGACGCCGACGUACGAGGCGGCCGGCACGACGGGGCCCUGGACGGGCUUCUAUCACUCCAACGGCGACUUUGUCUACACGGACCAGCAGCGCUGGGCGGGCCAGCCGGUGCGCGAGCUCGUGUUUGAGCUGGACGGCAAGAGCGCGGCCGUCAAGUGCACGCCUUUGUACCAAGGGAUUGAGUUGAUCAAAGCAAAAAAAUGA